AUGCCCAGAGAGGCUGGAGAAGACAGCAUGGGAAGGGCUGAGGGCACCAUGCCAGCAGAGCCUGGGGACCCUGACGGCAGCGACCCUGGAGCCAUUAGCCUGCGUCCGGUGGAGUCCAUCAGCGACCUGCACUGGGCUUUGGCUGGGCACAAGGGUGCAGAAGGCAAUGGCCCAGCUCCCUCCAGCAGCCUGCAUCAGCCUCCGUCUCACCCCAUGCCCCCCAGCCCCACAGUGCUCCUGCCCACCCUGCGUCCUGUGCCUGCUGCCAGCCCCUGCCCCUGCCUGGGCCCCAACCACCCCCUGCUCCUGGCCCUGCUGGGGCUCCUGGCCCUGACAAGCCUGGUCCUGGCCACACUGGCUGUCUACCUGAGUGUCCUACAGAGCCAGUCAGUGAGGGCGCUGGCCCAGUGGCUGGAGAGCCAGGAAGAAGCUGUGCACCAGCUGCGGGCAGCCAGCAGGCAGCUCUGGGCUCGCAUCAAUGCCAGUGCUGAGCCCGGUGGGCACCGCUGA